AAGAGACCAGCUCGUCUAAUAUAUUAUUUUAUAAAGCUCUAUACUCUAUAUUCGAUCGUGACCGUUUACCAUUUACGUUUAUAUGCACUAUAAUUGUACAAGACUUUGAACGUCGGUCUCGUCGAUGAUCUAUAUCAGUGUACUAUUAUUAUUAUUAUUAUUUAUUAUAUCAUAGAUUAUAGAUUAUAUAAACUUUAGAAACUAUAUAAGUUUGUACUCAGUUGUUGUGGGUGGCGUAAGGUGUAACUGGUGUAACUUAGUGUGUAACUUUAUUACAUAAAUUAUUAAUAAUGUAACCGUUGUACGUUUAUAACAUAUUAUAUAUUAUUCACGAUGGAAAUAACUCCGAUACAUUUGAAUAAAUAAAUAUAAUAUAUAAGAUAACACCUGUCAUAGUCUAGUCAUAGAAUUCCAGAUCAAUAAACGUCUUGAAUUUUCGUCCAUACUAAACGAGCGUAUUUAGUUUUGAGGAUGUCUAUAGUCAGCCUGUUAUAUCAUAGUCUUACAUGUAGGUACAUGUACAACGCAGCAAUCGUAAAUUGAAAACAAUUUUAAAUCCAAACAACAGCAUACAUAAAUACAUAAUAAUUCACACUUUGAGUUAACUCGUAACUUCCUGGUUUACGCGCGUCAUUUAUCAAAUAAACCGUAGGUAUAAUCAGCAGUAAACGUCCAUUAAACAUUUAUUAAGUACUUAUGUGUUGAAAAUUAAAAUCAUUAUUAGAACUGCGGCGGUGUACGCGCCUCGACAACACGUGAUAUAGUAAGACAGUAUGUGAUGAAAUGCGUAGUACCUACCUAUGUAUAAUAUAUUAUUAUAGAAGCUUAUAUAAAUAUUACGAGUCUUAAAUGAUUUGGCUAACCGAUGAUGUGAUGAAGGCGGAGAAAAUUCUAGAAUAAUAUAAUGAAGUACAGAUAAAAGGGAUCACAUAAAUAUUAAAAUAUGGUAUGUCUAAUGGGUAUAAUAUUUACUAUUUAGUAUGCAAGCGAAGGAAAAUCUAGAAACGGUGUGCAUAUAUCAUUAUGAACUCGAGAAAAACUAUUUUACGUUUUUACACAAUAUUUUCAUGAAAACAUUAAUUCGUUCCGUUGCAUAUAAUAAUAUACUCGAAAAUACAAUAACCUAUCGUUAAAAAAAUAUUUUACCUAUUUGAUUUUUAAAAAAGGUACACCUUAUACAGCAAUACCACCAACUAGGUAGGUAGCUGGCUAUAAAAAUAUAACGCAAGCUGUCAUCAAAACCAGAUUGAAACCUGACCGUGUGUGCGAUAAAAGUGUAAUAUUUAACAUUUAAAGUGAAAGUCACUAGUCAGUAAGCUUUAAUUAUAAUAUGAAACAGCCGAUGAUACCUAUGUGAUUUAUUUGAAUAAAUUGUUUCAUGUUUUCCGAGAAAAACAACUCAUCUUUUCGCAACUAGUCCUCGUGUGUAAUAUAAUAUGUAUACAUUAGGUAUAUAGUGUUUGUUUGUGUGUGAUGUUAUUAUUGUGUUUUGGAAUUUACAUUAUUUUUCUCCAUAUUUUUCAUUUUAAUUUGUGAGUCUCGUAAAUUUACUGUGUAAAAUUGUACCGGUAAAGUAAAUUUACAAAAAAAAAUUUACAAUUUACAUUUUUUUUACCGCUCAAACACUCCCAGGCUGCAGCGUUAUUACGGUGUGGAAACGGCAAAAUCAAACGAUUCAAUAAACUUCGACUGGCUAGAAAAGCGUUGCCAAUGCAAUAUAUAAAUAUUGCAUAAACAAUUUACGGCUGACCGGACCACCUCGUUCACGUCAAUUGCAUUGUAUAUUUUCCAAAGUGUGUUUUACUGUGAAAUAAAAUUUUGAGAUCAAAAGCAAAAUGGUGGAUUAUGACAUCAAGUCGCAACUGGAUCUGCUCAACGAAUACUUAGACAGAGAGAUGGAAGGCGUCAAGACUCGGUAUUUCGUCAUCAAACCCGAUGGCAAGGGAAGCAGCGGCAAUCGUCCGACGAACGUCGAUCAAAAUGCCUCGACAAGCCGUGCAGACGAAUCGCUCUACAGCUGUGACUCGGAUAUGACAUUGCCGCAACCCCCAUUGAGCUACAAAAGCAACAGCGUGUCAUUUCCACAGACGGUCACCAAGAAAAGGAGCAAUGCCAUAGACAUCAUUGACCCAGAGACCGGCGAAAAAUUACAAUUAUUAUGAACUUAAAUCUGCAAGCCCAGAGCGCGUUUGCAGUCGCGCAUGUCAUCGACUUGUUACCACAUUUUGCGUUCAAUAAAAUAAACUUUAAUUUUAUUCGUCAAA